UCUCAACCAAAGUUCUGGCAUCCUUUAUUUUUCAAUCGACCCAUCAGCUGUGCUCUGGCCGCCCAGUUAUUCUCAGCUUGCUGUUGUGCUGCAUCUUUCCGAGUGCUUGAAUCAUUUUUAUUUGGCAUAUCUUCAUCCUUUUCGACUGCGCACACACUCCCAAGGGCAUCAGGCUGCACAGUCAUGUCGUUUCCACCAACAAUGGCAUCUUCGUCCUACGCCCCUUUACAGGCACUGCCGGAGGGCAACUAUCCGAACUGCUCUCCAUCUCUCUCUCAGAGCAGAUCUGGCUCAUAUGACAUCAAACCCUUCAGCUUGCCGUCAUUAGCCUCAAUUACAUCUAACCUUGCCUCAAGGAGUCCAUCCGCUGAGCAGUCACACACUGGGCCUCACAGGAAAUCUUGCUCGUUUAGCCUAUCCGGCCGCCGCCGUUUUUCUCCUCUUGGGACUAGUAUUGACUACGGAGAUCCUGUAUCGCCCCUCGAAAGUGAGAUUUCAGCCGAAGGACGUUCUAGUGCCAGCGGAAUCAGCAUGAUCAUUGCUUCAGGCCAUCGUCCACGCUCUCAUAGUCUUUUGUCGGGCCAUUCUGUCGCGGGGAACUUCACGGAAUCUGAUGCACCCGUUGACGAAAGUGCAUCCGACAGCGGCGGCUCGGAUAAGAAAAACGAAGAGAAUGAUUCUUCUGCAUUGGCUAAGAAACGCAGUCGUACACUAACGACGCCCUCCCAACAGCGAAGACUCAUGCAGAUCCUUGAACAAACUCGCUUCCCUUCUACUGAUGUGAGAGAACAACUUGCCCGAGAACUCGGCAUGACUCCCCGAAGAGUUCAAAUUUGGUUUCAAAAUAGGCGGCAAGGCAUGAAGAAAGCUCUUGAGCAGAAAACAGAACAGGAGACUUCGGGUGCCGCAGUGGUUGAUUAUCCUCGACCUCGAGGGUAUAGUUUUGGUCCGCCUGCGGAUACGUACAAUGGUCGCCCAACAUUGCAUUCUCUUCCCGAAGGAAAAAUUGCGUCGGCAGGGUUGCAUGGUCAGCAUACUGGCCAGCAUACUGGUACGGGCGACCUGCAUAACUCAUCUCAGUCAAUAGACGGCCUCCAGCAGCUGUACUCUUCCCGUUCAGUUUCUCGGGGCAUUCCACGUGGAUUGGCGCAUCUUGAACUUUCAAACAAUGGUGUCCCCACUUCAAACAACGAUAUGGGUGGUGCCUCGAUUGGAGAUUUUUUAUGGUCAGAUCCCUCCACCGCCGGCAGUCUCUACUCCUUGCCAUCUGCCACUGGUGGGGAGGCGAGCUUCUCGCCAUUUGCCAAACCAGAUCAACAUUACCCCAACUCAGACCCCACCCGCCAUGAGGCAGCUCCGGUCGCGGGAAAUCGCUCCCGGAGUCAGACCAACCCGGACUUUUUUGGAAUUAUUAACGGUCUCAUUGAACUUCCGGGGCUUGGGGGAACGCCGCAAGAGUCAAUAGAUCCUUUCCAUCAAACUUCGGAUGUAAACACCCAACAAAUGGUCUUGAAUGGUCGGGACCAGUCCUCAAGUAUCAAUCACGAGUGGUCAAACAGCUACAUCCAAUCGGCACCCGCUUGGCAGGGGAGUUUGGAUAAUCUGAAAUUAGAAAAUCACAGCUAUGGCUUGGACCGUUCAAUCCACCCUUCAGCCAUUGCCCCCGAUUCGAUUUACGCAAACUCUUCCUAUAAAGUCGGGGACCCAUCAAAUAACUGCUACUACUCUGGAGGAACUCAAGGAAAUACUGCGAACGAUAGCCUUGGACCGACACCGCUUCAAUUCAAUCGUGAAGGCAGAUACAUCGGAAGCCUCGAAAACGAAACUCUGGAGCCUGAUCUCGCUCAGCAUCUUAGGAAUCGCAGCCAAUCUUUACAAUUUUGACGCUGUUUGUGAGCUUAAAAAAGUAAAAAGAAUACAAUUGUUUGUCAUACAAACCUCAAAGCCUUCACAGUCGUUAUAUUUACAUUGGGAUCUCAUUAGUUUGGAUUUGCUUAUAUUUGAAGGACCGCUCAACUUGACUCAACUUUUGGUUAAUCAUGCUUACUAAAAUUCUCAAUUCUUCUAUGGUCUAUUCUCACUUCUAUUUAGCAUUUUUACAGACAUAGAUUUU